GGCCGGUGGCGCUCGCUCGGGCUCGGCUGGGGCUCGGCGGCACUCGAAGCUGCUCGGCUGCUCGUCUGGGCUCGGCUGAGCGGCUCGGUUCCUUUGCUCGGCGGGGCUCGGCUGCACGGCCGCGGACGGGCGUGCGCUGGGGGGCGCGGGGCGCGGGCCUCGGAGGUGGCGGCUGAAGCCUGGUGCCCCCGCCUGCCGGGUCCUCUCAGAGAGGCAGAGACAUCCCCGCGGCCCGGCGUCGCACGGGUGCGGCGGGCGCGGAGUGGGGGGCGGCAGGGGCGCAGAGCGGCGCGGCCCGCCCGGGGGCGCCGCGGGCCGGGUCAGCGCGGACGGCGCUUGGCUGACUUGGACGCACGGCUGGCCGGCCCCUCCCUGCCCGCGCGCCCGGGCGCCCACUCGCCGGCGCGGGGCCCGGGAGCGAUGACAUCGACGGGGAAGGACGGCGGCGGGGCGCAGCACGCGCAGUAUGUGGGGCCCUACCGGCUGGAGAAGACGCUGGGCAAGGGGCAGACAGGCCUAGUGAAGCUGGGAAUCCAUUGUGUUACCUGCCAGAAGGUCGCCAUCAAAAUUGUCAACCGUGAGAAGCUCAGUGAGUCGGUGCUGAUGAAGGUGGAGCGAGAGAUUGCCAUCCUGAAGCUCAUCGAGCAUCCACAUGUCCUGAAGCUGCAUGACGUCUAUGAAAACAAAAAAUAUUUAUACCUGGUGCUAGAACACGUGUCUGGGGGGGAGCUGUUUGACUACCUGGUGAAGAAGGGACGGCUGACCCCCAAGGAGGCCCGCAAGUUCUUCCGGCAGAUCAUCUCUGCAUUGGACUUCUGCCACAGCCACUCCAUAUGCCAUAGAGACUUGAAGCCAGAGAACCUGUUGCUGGAUGAGAGGAACAACAUCCGUAUUGCAGACUUUGGCAUGGCAUCCCUGCAGGUGGGAGACAGCCUGCUGGAGACGAGCUGCGGAUCCCCACACUAUGCCUGUCCGGAAGUGAUUCGGGGCGAGAAGUAUGAUGGCCGCAAGGCAGAUGUGUGGAGCUGUGGUGUGAUCCUGUUCGCCUUGCUGGUGGGGGCUCUGCCUUUUGAUGAUGACAACCUACGGCAGUUGCUGGAGAAGGUCAAGCGUGGUGUGUUCCACAUGCCACACUUUAUCCCGCCAGACUGCCAGAGUCUCCUGCGUGGCAUGAUUGAGGUGGAUGCAGCUCGGCGCCUCACGCUAGAGCACAUUCAGAAACACAUAUGGUAUAUAGGUGGCAAGAACGAGCCAGAGCCAGAACAGCCCAUCCCACGCAAGGUUCAGAUCCGCUCACUGCCCAGCCUGGAAGACAUUGACCCUGAUGUGCUGGAUAGUAUGCAUUCACUGGGCUGCUUCCGAGACCGCAACAAGCUGCUGCAGGACCUGCUAUCUGAGGAGGAGAAUCAGGAAAAGAUGAUCUAUUUCCUCCUCCUGGACCGGAAAGAACGGUAUCCCAGCCAUGAGGAUGAGGACCUGCCACCUAGGAAUGAGAUAGACCCUCCCCGGAAGCGUGUGGACUCCCCGAUGCUGAACCGGCAUGGCAAGCGGCGACCUGAGCGCAAGUCCAUGGAGGUGCUCAGUGUGACAGAUGGUGGUUCCCCGGUGCCUGCACGGAGAGCCAUUGAGAUGGCCCAGCACGGCCAGAGUAAAGCAGUGUUCAGUAAAAGCCUGGAUAUCGCUGAAGCCCAUCCCCAAUUCAGCAAAGAAGACAGGUCUCGAUCCAUCAGUGGCGCCUCCUCAGGCCUUUCUACAAGUCCACUCAGCAGUCCUCGGGUGACCCCUCACCCCUCACCAAGGGGUAGUCCCCUUCCUACCCCCAAAGGGACGCCUGUCCACACGCCAAAGGAGAGCCCAGCUGGCACACCCAAUCCCACACCACCAUCCAGUCCUAGUGUUGGAGGGGUGCCCUGGCGGACACGGCUCAAUUCCAUCAAGAACAGCUUCCUGGGCUCACCUCGCUUCCACCGCCGGAAACUGCAAGUUCCCACGCCAGAGGAGAUGUCCAACCUGACCCCAGAGUCCUCUCCAGAGCUGGCCAAGAAAUCGUGGUUUGGGAACUUCAUCAACCUGGAGAAGGAGGAGCAGAUCUUUGUGGUGAUCAAGGACAAGCCCCUGAGCUCCAUCAAGGCUGACAUCGUUCAUGCCUUCCUGUCGAUACCAAGCCUCAGCCACAGCGUUAUCUCCCAGACAAGCUUCCGCGCUGAAUACAAGGCAACAGGGGGCCCGGCAGUGUUCCAGAAGCCAGUCAAGUUCCAAGUGGACAUCACCUACACCGAGGGUGGAGAGGCCCAGAAGGAGAAUGGUAUCUACUCAGUCACAUUCACUUUGCUCUCAGGCCCCAGUCGCCGCUUCAAGAGGGUUGUGGAGACCAUCCAGGCCCAGCUGCUGAGCACCCAUGACCAGCCAUCAGCCCAGCACCUGUCAGACACCACUAACUGUAUGGAAGUGAUGACGGGGCGGCUUUCCAAAUGUGGCACCCCAUUGAGUAACUUCUUUGACGUAAUUAAACAACUUUUUUCAGACGAGAAGAACGGGCAGGCGGCCCAGGCCCCCAGCACACCCGCCAAGCGGAGUGCCCACGGCCCCCUGGGUGACUCCGCGGCCGCUGGCCCUGGAGGGGACACCGAGUACCCGAUGGGCAAGGACAUGGCCAAGAAGGGGCCGCCCGCCGCCCACCGUGAGCAGCCUUAGACACUAGUCCCUCCCCAGCACAGCACAGCACUGCACAGCACAGCACUGACUGUGGCCUUCUGCCGCCCUGUGUGGACCAGGCCCCACCUGCCUGCCCAGAACUUGUCUCAAGCCUGGGAGGAAAGGAGAGUGGCCAGGGCGUGGCCCGCAGGCUGGGCUGCAGGGCUUGCUCUCUUUUCUCUCUUGCGGUCUGUCUCUGCCUGUCUCUGACAGCAUCGCUUGUUUCCGCUCUGAUACCAGGAAUUAUCCCGAAAAGUUAACAUGUCACCUCCACGAGGCCAUCCUCUGUGCUGCGUGUGGACACUGGCUGACCGAAGGCAGCUGCUGCGGACCACCCUCCCUCCUCCUCCUGCUGUUGCUGCUGCUGCUGCUGGGCAGAGAGGCUAGCCCACUGUCCACAUCUCUGCCCGUUCCCUGGCAGCUCUGCAUGGCCCAAAGGAGGAGGGCCUGACUCCCAGGGGACUCUUCUUCUAGCCCAGCCACCCUGGACUCCCAGCGACCAGACCCUUGACAGGGACAACCUGUCCACCAUCUUCCAGGGUAGGGGACCAUGGUGGGUGAAGCAGUGGGAAUGGAUUGUCCUCCAGGUCACAUGUGGAGGCCUCCUGGGCCACUCGCUUCACCUUUUCCACACUCUGGCCUCACCAGGGCCACCUCUUCUCAUCCGCAUCCAUUGCCCACCUUGUCAGGCUGCAGAGCUCCGGCUGUGAUGGUUCUCUCGGGCUGACGUGGAAAUAAGAGACCUGGGUACCCCAGAGCUGCCUGGGCUGGCCAAGCUGUGGGGGCUGGGCUGAGACCAGUAUUAUUUAUUUGAUAUUUUAAUUUAUUGAGUUUCUUUAUGUCUCUGUUCUCUGUUCAGGGAAGGGGAAGCAGCAGCAGCACCCUCCUGCCGUCUGUCUGUCUGUUCUGUCUGACUUGGGCAGGGUGGGUCCGGAGCCCAGGUUCCCUCUAAGGACAGAGCCGUUGCGGGGCUGGGAAUGGUGGGGAGCCAGCCAGUGGAUGCAGCACUGGCAAGCUACUGUAAACUUUAAAAGAAUUCCUGCAAGAUAUUUUUAUAAACUUUC